CUCUCAUUAACAACACCCAGAAAGAGUGUGCAAAGGUGUGAGCCCAAAGCAGCAGUAAAAGCAGGCCAGGGCCCUAGGUGAUUAUACUCGCAGACAAACCAGCAGCGCAGGCUGGGCACAGAGCAGUAGGUAGUGGGGGUGGAGCAGCAAUGGCCUGCAGCUUGCUCCCGUGCGCCGUCGUUGCCGUGCUCCUCCUCGUCCUCCCCUCGCCGUCCGCCGGCGACCCUGACCUGCUCCAGGACAUCUGCGUCGCCGAUCUUACCUCAGCUGUGAAGGUGAACGGGUUCGCGUGCAAGGCCGCGGCGACGGAGGAAGACUUCUACUUCAAGGGGCUGGGCGCCGCCGGCAACACCAGCAGCAACACGUACGGCGCGGUGGUGACCGCGGCCAACGUGGAGAAGGUGCCGGGGCUGAACACGCUGGGCGUCUCCAUGUCCCGCAUCGACUACGCCCCGGGCGGCCUCAACCCGCCGCACACCCACCCGCGCGCCACCGAGAUGGUGUUCGUCCUGCAGGGCGCCCUCGACGUCGGCUUCAUCACCACCGGCAACAAGCUGCUCGCCAAGACCAUCUCCGCCGGCGACGUCUUCGUCUUCCCCCGGGGGCUGGUGCACUUCCAGAAGAACAACGGCGACUCCCCCGCCGCCGUCAUCUCCGCCUUCAACAGCCAUUUGCCCGGCACGCAGUCCCUCGCCACCGCGCUGUUCGCGGCAUCGCCGGAGGUGCCCGACGGCGUGCUCACCAAGGCCUUCCAGGUUGGCACCAAGGAGGUGGAGAAGAUCAAGUCCAGGCUUGCACCCAAGAAGAGCUAACUCGAUCGACUGAAACAGCUAAUGCUGCUCCUGUGUGCCUGCAUGUAUGCUAAAUUUCUUUCAGAAUUUGGACCUCUGCACUUCUUCUGUCCAUGAGUGAUCGAGAUGAGUUCUGUCUUCUUCUCUGAUUAUUUCCUCCGUAAAGCUGCCCUGCAGCAGGCAGGCAAUUAAAUUUAAAGGUUGUAGGUCUUGAUUGUAAUAAGAGGUUUGUUCAUUCUAAAAUCCAAUCAUUUGGUAAUUACAAAUGGUAUGAGUGACACUAUU